AUGUUUGACCGAUUCCAGGCUAUCACAUCCGUCAACAUCGUCCCAGAGGCGCCUCAAACGCAGAGGACCUACCCAUUCGCGCGCCUUCCCAUAUUUUUGGCCUUCUUGCCAUUCCAUCACACAUAUGGAUUACACGCCUUCUCAUUCCGGCCAUUCUUAACCCCCGUAACUGUGGUGAUCUUGCCUCGGUGGAAUCUCGAUCUAGCUUUCACUGCUAUCUCAAAGUAUCGCAUUACGCAUCUGCCCCUUAUUCCCUCUGUUAUAUAUCAAAUAGUGAACAGCCCUAAGGCUCAGAAAGCCGACUGGAGCUCUGUCAUAUCCAUCAACUCUGGCGCCGCGUAUCUGCCCCCGGAUUUAUCGGAGAAAGUUCCAAAACUCUUAAAGAAAGAAAUUCAUGUAUUCGAGGGUUAUGGGAUGUCCGAAUGCACGAUUGCUGCCAUUGGUCAACCGUUCCCUGGCACAUUGGAUGGGAAGGCGAGGACUAUCAUCGGGUCAACAGGCUUGCUUCUGCCCGGCCUUGAGGCUCGCACCGUGCGCGAAGACGGCACAGAAGCCGAUGUGAAUGAACCUGGCGAACUGUGGCUUCGUGGUGGCAACAUUGCUCUGGGAUACUGGAACAACGACAGCGCCACGAAGAGUACAUUCAUCGACGGCUGGCUUCACACCGGUGAUUCGUUCAGGAUCACAGAGGACCAUUAUUUCUUUUUUGCGGACCGGGCGAAGGAUACAUUGAAGGUCUCGGGCAGUCAGGUAUCACCGGUGGAGAUUGAAAACGUCCUCCUCGAGCAUCCCGAUAAACUUAUUGUCGAUGCCACUGUCGCUGGCGUCAGCGGAGGGCGUACUUCUGACGAGAAAGUGCCUCGUGCGUGGGUUGUCCUGAGCGAUGCUGGGAAAAAGCUAGGACCCCAGGGGGUCAUCAGGGCACUCGAAGUAUGGCAUGAAGCCAACCUUAGCAAAUAUAAAUGGCUUCGUGGGGGAAUAGAAAUUGUCAACAAUAUACCCAAAAACCCUACGGGCAAGGUCCUACGACGCGUAUUGCAGGAAAAAUACGAAAACAAGCUAAAGAAGAAAGCGAAGUUGUGA